CAGCCUCGCUAUGGCUCCCAGCAGCCCCCGGCCCGCGCUGCCCGCACUCCUGGUCCUGCUCGGGGCUCUGUUCCCAGGACCUGGCAAUGCCCAGACAUCUGUGUCCCCCCCAAAAGUCAUCCUGCCCCGGGGAGGCUCCGUGCUGGUGACAUGCAGCACCUCCUGUGACCAGCCCACCUUGUUGGGCAUAGAGACCCCGUUGCCUAAAAAGGAGUUGCUCCUGCUUGGGAACAACCAGAAGGUGUAUGAACUGAGCAAUGUGCAAGAAGAUAGCCAACCAAUGUGUUAUUCAAACUGCCCUGAUGGGCAGUCAACAGCUAAAACCUUCCUCACCGUGUACUGGACUCCAGAACGGGUGGAACUGGCACCCCUCCCCUCUUGGCAGCCAGUGGGCAAGGACCUUACCCUACGCUGCCAGGUGGAGGGUGGGGCACCCCGGGCCAACCUCAUCGUGGUGCUGCUCCGUGGGGAGGAGGAGCUGAAACGGGAGCCAGCUGUGGGGGAGCCCGCCGAGGUCACGACCACGGUGCCGGUGGAGAAAGAUCACCAUGGAGCCAAUUUCUUGUGCCGCACUGAACUGGACCUGCGGCCCCAAGGGCUGAAGCUGUUUGAGAACACCUCGGCCCCCUACCAGCUCCAAACCUUUGUCCUGCCAGCGACUCCCCCACAACUUGUCAGCCCUCGGGUCCUAGAGGUGGACACGCAGGGGACUGUGGUCUGUUCCCUGGACGGGCUGUUCCCAGUCUCGGAGGCCCAGGUCCACCUGGCACUGGGGGACCAGAGGUUGAACCCCACAGUCACCUAUGGCAACGACUCCUUCUCAGCCAAGGCCUCAGUCAGUGUGACCGCAGAGGACGAGGGCACCCAGUGGCUGACGUGUGCAGUAAUACUGGGGACCCAGAGCCAGGAGACACUGCAGACAGUGACCAUCUACAGCUUUCCGGCACCCAACGUGAUUCUGACGAAGCCAGAGGUCUCAGAAGGGACCGAGGUGACAGUGAAGUGUGAGGCCCACCCUAGAGCCAAGGUGACACUGAAUGGGGUUCCAGCCCAGCCACCGGGCCCGAGGACCCAGUUCCUGCUGAAGGCCACCCCAGAGGACAACGGGCGCAGCUUCUCCUGCUCUGCAACCCUGGAGGUGGCCGGCCAGCUUAUACACAAGAACCAGACCCGGGAGCUUCGUGUCCUGUAUGGCCCCCGACUGGAUGAGAGGGAUUGUCCGGGAAACUGGACGUGGCCAGAAAAUUCCCAGCAGACUCCAAUGUGCCAGGCUUGGGGGAACCCAUUGCCCGAGCUCAAGUGUCUAAAGGAUGGCACUUUCCCACUGCCCGUCGGGGAAUCAGUGACUGUCACUCGAGAUCUUGAGGGCACCUACCUCUGUCGGGCCAGGAGCACUCAAGGGGAGGUCACCCGCGAGGUGACCGUGAAUGUGCUCUCCCCCCGGUAUGAGUUUGUCAUCAUCGCUGUGGUAGCAGCCGCAGUCAUAAUGGGCACUGCAGGCCUCAGCACGUACCUCUAUAACCGCCAGCGGAAGAUCAGGAAAUACAGACUACAACAGGCUCAAAAAGGGACCCCCAUGAAACCGAACACACAAGCCACGCCUCCCUGAACCUAUCCCGGGACAGGGCCUCUUCCUCGGCCUUCCCAUAUUGGUGGCAGUGGUGCCACACUGAACAGAGUGGAAGACAUAUGCCAUGCAGCUACACCUACCGGCCCUGGGAUGCCGGAGGACAGGGCAUUGUCCUCAGUCAGAUACAACAGCAUUUGGGGCCAUGGUACCUGCACACCUAAAA